GCCGGACACUGAGUCACAAGAAGGACAACAACAACAACAUAUUUCUGUAACAUUAGCAGAAAUCUGGUACUAUAAAGUUAGCUCUUUGCUAUUUUUUGGUGUUUACUAAACCAACUUAGUAAUCGUGGUAUAGGCGUUAUCUUAAUUUGUCUGAGGAGUUUGCCAGAGCUGGCGUUAUUUAUUUUUUUCAGAAACGGAACGAUAUCAAGUCACGUUGGGUCAAGAUGGUGCGCAAUCGCACUUGUGUGCACUCCUGCCAGGUCAUUUUUGCAUGCUAGAUAGCAAGCUGUGUAUCUACAGUUAAAACUCGACCCAAGAAGGAAUGUUUAAUUAUGCUGACGAAUAUCGGAAGUUGUUGAGUUGUGUGUAGCUAGUUAUCUAGAUGCAACGUUGACAUGUCAUUGGUAUAUGGGCUCGUAGCCUCGAAGAACGACGAUUCGAAUGCUAGCUUGUUACUAUAAGUCAAUAACAGUAGUACUGUGACAGCUAAUGUGAGCUAGUGGCCAACGUUAACCUUACUCAGUCACGACAGCACAAUUUAUUGUCAACAUCCACCAAAUUGAUAACGUAAGUUAAACUCAUUGACUACUACCGGCGGUAGCCAAGAUGCCUGGAAUGGUUGCGUUUGGGCGGCGGUGGGGGAUUGCAAGUGAUGAUCUUGUAUUUCCAGGCGCAUUUGAGCUGUUCGUCAGAGUGAUAUGGUGGGUUGGGACGUUGGUCCUGUACACUAUCCACAAAGACAGCUUUGCGUGUCCAGGAGGAGGGGUUCUCCACAGCUACCUGGUGGUCCUACUGGUCGUGCUAGCUCUUAUCAUCCUCUCAUUAUGUGCUAUUGUUUAUGUCAGUGCUCAAGGGACAAUUACUAACCCUGGGCGGCGGCGCUCCAUCCCAGCACUGGUGUACCUACGAGCUCUUCUGUACCUGCCUGAGCUGGUGUGGGCGUGUCUGGGGGUCAUCUGGGUGUCUGGCGACAGUCAGGGCUGCGAGCCAGCAGAGGUGGGCGCGGUCAUAGCUGCUGUGGUGGCCAGUUGGAUCCUGCUGCUCUCCACGGCUAUAGGGGUGUUGUUUGUUUUUGACCCCCUGGGCAGCACUGGCCCAAAACCUGCCAGAGAGGAACUGCUGGGGGUGAGGGACCUGGAGAGCAGCGAAGGCUCCCAGCUCCUGUCCACUGCCCGCUCCCUGGCGGUCCGUGUGUGGGAAAGCCGUCUCCGGCUCCUAUGCUGCUGUCUGCCCCAGGACGAGAGCCACCGAGCCGCCUUCUCCAGCAUCGCACAGCUCGUCAGCGGGUUCUUCUCUGAUACAGACCUGGUAGCCAGUGACAUAGCAGCAGGCUUAGCCUUGCUGCACCAGGAGCAGGAUAAGAUGGAGCAUUGCAGAGAUCCAGAAGACGUAUUGUCCCAUAGCCCGUCCUCGCCCAUUGCUGAGGACCUUGAGGCAGAGCUGGAGAAGGCAGUCCACUGUAUGCAGUUUGCUGCUGCAGCGUACGGCUGGCCCAUGUACGUCUACUCCAACCCCAUGACCGGAGCCUGCAGCCUCAGCAGGGACUGCUGUGGAAGCCAAACUGCAGAGUAUGACAUCGUAGGUGGAGACAAUCUCGGCUGCCAUUUCUCCUCCAUCCUGCUCAGCACUGGGCUGCAGUACAGAGACUUCAUCCAUGUCAGCUUUCACAACCAGAUCUAUGAGAUCCCGUUCUUCGUGGCUCUGGACCACAAGAGGGAGGCAGUCCUGGUGGCAAUCAGAGGAACAUUGUCGCUCAGGGAUGUCCUGACGGACCUGUCUGCUGAGUGUGAGGACCUGCCCAUCGAGGGCGUGUCAGGAACCUGCUAUGCCCACAAGGGCAUGUCACAAGCAGCUGGCUACAUCUACAAGAAGCUGGUCAACGACGGCAUCUUAAACCAGGCCUUCUCCAUCGCUCCGGAGUACAAGCUAGUGAUUACGGGCCACAGUCUGGGUGGGGGCACAGCAUCCCUGCUGGCCAUCCUGCUGCGCAGCUCCUUCCCUAGCGUACAGUGCUUCUCCUUCUCUCCACCAGGGGGACUCAUGAGUAAGGCGCUGGCUGACUUCUCCAAACAGUUUGUUGUGUCGGUUGUUCUGGGGAAGGAUUUAGUGCCCAGGUUAAGUUAUCCAAACAUGGAGGAUCUGAAGAGGAGAAUCCUCAAAAUGGUUUCUAACUGCAAUAAGCCUAAGUACCAUAUUCUGCUGCAGGGUUGUUGGUACGAGCUCAUUGGAGGAGUCCCUGACGACUUCCCCACUGAGAUGGACAACAGGCGGGAGGAGGAGCUUAGCCAGCCCCUGCUGGGGGAGGAGUCACUGAUGGUCCGCCGCUCGUCGUCCUAUCAGAGCUUGGCGUCAGAAGACUCACCCGUUCACACUGCUCAGCUACCGCUCUACCUCCCCGGGCGAAUCCUGCACCUCACAGAGGACGGACCAUCACGCAGAUCCUGUUUCUCCCAGGUGCGUUACCGUGCAGAGUGGUCCACUGAGGCUGCGUUCCGGAGUAUUUUAAUCAGCCCCAGGAUGAUGUCAGACCACAUGCCUGACCGGGUGCUUCAAGCCCUACAGAGUCUGACACGUGACAGGCCAUUCUCACUCUGCCCCUCAUCGCUCAGCAACAGCCAUCUCAAUGUCAUCUGAGUUCCACUUAUUAGCCCCUCUUACAAGCCCCAGUCCUCCUUGUCCAAGCCCCAGUCUUCCUUGUCCAAGCCCCAGUCCUCCUUGUCCAAGCCUCAGUCCUCCUUGUCCAAGCCCCAGUCCUCCUUGUCCAAGCCCCAGUCCUCCUUGUCCAAGCCCCAGUCCCUCUUGUCCAAGCCCCAGUCCCCUUUCUCAAGCUCCUGCUGUGUCCUGCUCCUUUCUCCAGUCAUAGCCCACUGUCUCCAAGGGCCUGUCCCCUAUCCUACACAAACUUUAUCAGAAUGUACAGAACUCUUUCCCCAAAGGACUUGGAAAGAUAUUCACAAUUUUUUUCAUGAACUUAUUGCCAUUUUUAUUGCUUAUUUAUCUGAUUUUGAGAGUCCUGUGUUUAAAAAAAUUGUGCUUUGUGUACAAAGUUAGGUAACUUUAAAUGUGUACUUGAUACUCAUUUGAUCUGAGGAUUGGGGGGGUUCUUAACAAUCUUACCCAGAGGCUGCAGUCAUCCUCUGCAUCAUGUGGGUGUUCAUGUGUUAAAAAGGUGAUUUGUUCGUUUGGUAACUGUAGUCUGUCUGGUUGUUUGUGUUGAAUGUCUGAGACUUUGAACAUCAGGGUAAAUAGUGCCUAUGCAUCA